UGCAACGUUGCUGUUUACUUAUAGCGCAUAAACAAACAUUUAUUCCGCUUAUUGUUGUCUAUAUAAAGAAACUCAUUCAAAAUGCACGAAGAAGAAACAGCGGAGCAUCCAGUAGCGUCCAGCCAAUUGUUUCGACGGUUUCUACAAUGCAUGGAAGAUGGCCAAAUACGCAGGGAGCUGUCCGACGAUUGUAUUUUAUCUUUUCCCGGACGCUGCUUAAAGGGCGCUGGGCCAGUGUCUAGUUAUUUGCGCGCACAACUCGUAGGACGGUAUAAUCAUAUAGAGUUUUUGAAUGCGCGGCAAUGUAAUGAGUCAGAGGAAUCCGCGCUUAAAGAUCGCUUCAGACGUAGCUUUCAAUCGCAGCGCGAUCGAUUUAAAGCCCCAGAAGUGCUGCCAACAUCGAUGCAUUUGCGUGCCGAAAGCGACGAAGAGGUGGAAGAGGAGGAGACUGCAAGUGGAAGCUGUGCCAACCAGUUGAUAACACCUCCACGCUCCUGUGUGUCGGCUGACACCAUCGAGGUGAUGCACUGUAUCACAGCCAGUGGAUCACUACAGGCAUCGCAUGACCAUAGCGACGGUGGCAUUGAACUUAGUGAAAACUGUCAGAUGUCAUUAACGCUAGGCUAUCGCGACACUACACUCGUAGACAAAGAUCAUACCUCUACAGACAUUUGUCUGAUUGUCUACGAGAAGGUGAACUCGAUGACCCCCGUCGUUCAACGUCAUUCGCGGAUGCGAAGGGCACGAAAUGUGUUAACCGACGACGAGGGCGAGGUGCCGGCACCUCGUAGUGUCCGUCGAACGCUCUUCAGCAACACCAGCGAUGACUGCGAUGAGGAUGCAGUGCAGCCGGCCAUAGAUCAUUCACCUCUUCUGCCGCGCAAGCGCCAACACAAGGGCGAUUCGAGUACGAGGAAAACAAAACGCUUAAAUGUACUUGGCGGUAUGCGCUUUUAGAGGUAUUCCAUCAUAGGAUUCAUCGAUAGCUUGUCGUAAUUAGCAUUAGCUCGCAAUGUACCAAACGUAAUUAUAUAAUUCAAGUGGCACCCAUGUUGGAUGUUGUUUGCGAAGACUGAGUCCACCCGGAAAGAUUUUACAAAUAUUAACAAAUGAUGUUCUGUACGAUGGACUGUUAGCGUACUAAGUUGCUUCAAACAUAUACACUUAUUAUGUAUAUUAAUUAUAUUUUGAAAUUUGUUAGGUGUUAUAAUAAACUUCAA